AUGAAGGCAGCGUGUGUCACAGCUGGUGUGGAGGGAGGCAAGCAGGUGGUGAAGGAACAGGUGGCCUCUGGGAAAUUCGAUCCGCAGGAGCCAAGUACUGUAGUGGAAAUGACUCAGGACAUGCAUGCUUCUGUGAAGUCGCUCAUGGAAAAGAACUUUGCAUCCCUCCUUUAUUUGGGUGAGCUCGGCUUGGAGGGGCUUCGCCAGCUGUGCCGUGAUCCCGACAUCGAGGAGAACCCACCUGAAGGUGACACCCUGAAAGUUGGAUCCUCCUCCACUACUCUCGGUAACUGA